AUUAUGUGUUAUUUGUGUAUAAAGCUUUUAUAAAUCACUGUUCUUGCGCCGUAUCGACAUCUGAAUUAUAUUUAUGCCACUGUCUGUACCGGAUGUAAAUUUACAGCAGCUGACGUACUUGUCUGCACCUUGCUUAAUGUUUGGUGUUUGAUUCGAGACCCGGAAGCCAGAUUGCCACCUACAGAGCUAUGCUAUGAAAGCACAAAAGAACCGGAAAACAUUACAUAAAUGGUUAUAAUUUGUUUAUAAACGACGCAAUUAAAGAACCGAUGCACUGGAUUUAACGAUUAACAUCGCUGUAAUUUACCUCCGUUAUACCGUUUAGACUGCUUGCUAGCUUGCUCUUUAGCCAUCUGGCAAGAUUGUCGCUUGCUAACGUAAGCAGUUGGUUACCGUUAGCAAGUUGGCAAUGGCUGUGGCGCACAGAGGUUGUGUUUUGGCUGGCUAUUUACUCCUACUACUGCUGGCUGGGUGCAAGGCGAGAAUACACUCGCUCACCCUGAAGAAUGAAACUCGGUUUGCCGUCGACCUCAACACCUUCGGUUUCUAUGCUAAUGGGACUCUGGAUGUCAACCUGGUUUCUCUGCGCCUUCAAGAGCAGCUGGUGAACUACAGUAAUUACCCUGUUGGUUUCAGCCUCUCCAGGUCACGUGUGAAUGGAGUCCUGUCCUACACAGCAGAGGAGACAGAGACAUGCCCACUAACUCUCACAAAGUUGACCAGCACCGAGCCUCUCAUUCUUUUCCUUAUUGAUAUCAAAACACUCAGUGUCAAUGUGAGAGCUAUUGGUGAACAAGACAACCUCUUGAGAGCAAAGCCAAAGGCUGAAGCUCCUAAAGGUCUGAGGAAAACCAGGCAGGAACCUGCUAAUGCUGCCAAUACACCAGAUGUGAGUAAACCAUCAACAAAUAGGGACGAAAAAGCAGACGACCCAGACAAUAAGUUGAAUAAGGACGAAAAGGAUGAUAAGUCUGUGGAGUCGAAUAAAGACAUUCAGAAAGAAGAAAAGCCGGAAGUGGAAGAAACUGAAUUCCAGCUUGGGAAGAACAAACAACUGACUUUGGCUCUGGACAAAGUUAACGGCUCCUACAACUUCUCGUUCCACAUGGUGGUCGGCUUGCUGGCGGAGGGUCUGUACAGCCUCAAGUUCCACUACUGUCAGAACAGGGUGCCUGGAGUGAAAUUCCCCUACUCAUUCUCUGUGGAAGUGACAGAGGUGAAUCCCGACGGCUACCUGUCUGCAGCAGAAAUUCCUCUGUCUCGCCUUUACAUUUGUAUGGCUGGAGUCUUCUUCACUGCUGCCUUGGUCUGGGUGUACACACUCAUGAAGCACAGGUACAGCGUGUUUAAGAUCCAUUGGCUGAUGGCAGCACUGGCCUUCACCAAGGCCACAUCAUUGGUUUUCCAUAGUAUCAACUAUCACUUCAUCAAUACUAAGGGACAUCCUAUUGAAGGCUGGGCCGUCAUGUAUUAUAUCACACACCUGCUCAAGGGGGCACUCCUGUUCAUCACACUGGCACUGAUUGGCACCGGCUGGGCUUUUGUUAAAUACAUCCUGUCUGACAAGGAAAAGAAGAUCUUCAUGAUUGUCAUCCCUCUGCAGGUCCUGGCUAAUGUCGCCUUUAUCAUCAUCGAGUCUACGGAGGAAGGCUCCAGUGAAUAUUAUCUGUGGAAGGAGAUCCUCUUUCUGGUCGAUCUCAUCUGCUGCGGAGCCAUCCUUUUCCCUGUUGUCUGGUCUAUCCGUCAUCUACAGGAGGCUUCUAGCACUGACGGCAAAGCCAUGAAUUUGGAGAAGCUCAAGCUCUUCCGGCAUUAUUAUGUCAUGAUUGUGUGUUAUAUCUACUUUACAAGGAUCAUAGCCAUUCUGCUUAAGGUCACUAUGCCUUUCCAGUGGCAGUGGUGCUAUGAGUUCCUGGUGGAGGUGUCUACUCUGAUCUUCUUUGUGUUGACGGGCUACAAGUUCAGACCAGCGUCCAACAACCCCUACCUUCAGCUUCCCCAGGAUGAGGAGGACGUCGAGAUGGAUGAAGUAAUGACUGAGUCAGGUGCACUGGAGGGCAUUUCCAAAGUCAAGAAAACCUGUAACGGACGCGAGCGCCAGAAAGAGUCCACCUUGUGAGUGGGAAGCUGCAUCUUUGGGGGCGGGGGGGAGGACCCACUAAACAUCCCCAGGCCAGCUGGUACAAAGGGGUGCACACGGACCAAGGCUCCCCACCUCCAGUGACGGCUUUCCUUUUGAAACUCUUAGAGUGGUUGCAGUGGUCGUGUCCACUGUCUGGCUAUGCAAAAAAGAAAAAAAGAAAAAAAAGACUGUCUUUGUUGGACCUCUCCAUUCCCUCGGAACACUCCACCCAGAAACUCUGAAAGGUUUCAGAAGGAGACGAGCUCCUGUCACAUGGAUGGGUGGAGACAUGGAAAGGAGCUCUGAUGUUCUUUAGUUUUCAUUUCUCUCUCUCUCUCUCUCUCUCUCUCUCUCUCGCUCUCUCGCUCUCUCGCUCUC